AUGGAUCAAGAGGAGCGCGAUGCCGCGAUCGGCGGCGCGCUUGGCCAGUUCGUCGUUCAGCAGGGCGAGUUGGCAGGCCGAACCCGAGAAACCUUCCGGACCGUGCGUGCCGGAGCUGACGAUGAAAAGCUUCGCCGCGUCGGCGGGUCCCAGCAGCGCGGUGUCGGUGCCGAUUUCUUCUCCCGCCGCGCCCUUCAGCGGAUGGACGUGAUGCCGGACGGUGGCGCCGGCCGUGGCCGCGGCUUCCAGGAAACGCUGGCGGGCCUCGCCGGUCCGGAAGGCGCCGCCGAUCACCGGCAGGAACCAGGGCUUGCCGGAAUAGAGCGGGAUGGAGGGCAACUCGGUUUCGGCAAAGGGUACCUUGCCAUGCAGGCGACCGGCGAUCGACUGGCCCAUGGCGUUGCCGAGGAACGGCAUCAUCGAGACGCCCGAGCCGUUGCACCCCAGGACGAAGUGCAGCCCGUCGAGCUCUCCGGCAUGCGGCAGGGCGUCGUAGGUGAAGGCGACGUUGCCCUGCCAGGUGUGCGUGACCUUGGUGUCGGCGAGCUGCGGCAGUCGCUCGACGAGCGCCUGGUGCAGGAGUUGCGCGCGGAGUUCGGCGGCGAUCUCGGUAAAGCGGGCGCGGCCGCCGAAGAUCACGCGCUUUCCGUCGGCCUUUCGCGCCAUCAUGGCCCACGGCACGGUGACGGCCGCCGCCGAACGGCUGGGGGUCUCGCAGCCUGCGGUGAGCAAGAUCCUGGCGGGGCUGGAGCACGAGAUCGGCUACCCGCUGUUCACGCGCAUCAAGCGCCGGCUGGCGCCGACAAGCGAAGCGCGGCUGCUGGAACAGGAGGUGACGCGGCUCUAUCACAGCCUCGAACGCGUCACCGAAGUCGCGCGCGAGAUCCGCGAGCGCCAGGUCGGCGACCUGCUGAUCUAUUCGACGCCGGCACUGGGCCGCUCGGUGCUGCCCGACGUCAUGGCGACCUUCAUGAAGCGCCACGCCAAGGCGCACAUCGUUUUUCACGUCCGCAGCUCGACCUACAUCAACCAGAAGAUGGUCGACCAGCAGAUCGAUCUCGGCUUCUCGAUGAUGCCGUUCGAGCAUCCCUCGAUGGUCACGGAGGAGUUGAGCCGGGCGGCUGCCGUCUGCGUGCUGCCGCGCGACCAUCGCCUGGCGAAGCGCAAGUUGAUCCGGCCGGCCGAUCUCCGCGGCGAGCGCUUCCUGUCUUUCCCGCUGGACGGGCGGAUGCGGCAUCUGAUCGAUGCGGCCUUCGAGCAGGAGCGGAUCGAGCGGAAGCUGCAGAUCGACGUCUAUUCCUCGGCCGAUGCCUGCGCCCUGGCCGCGCGCGGCCUCGGCGUGUCGAUCGUCGAGCCCUUCACCGCGCGCGACUAUCUCAGCGACGGCAUCGCCGUCGUGCCGUUCGAGCCGCGCAUCCGCUACCUGUUCCGCGCCAUGCGCCCGCGCUACCGCAAGCCGUCGCGGCUGGCCGACGCCUUCCUCGACACGAUGAAGGCGCAUCUCAGAGCCAAAGGAUGGGCAUAGCCCAUUAG